UGGCGUCGGCUGACAUCAGAGACAGAACGAGUGAACGGAUAAAUAUCUGGCUACAGCGGUCUCAACAUUGUCAUAAUUAUGUAAAUGGGGCGCUGUCCAUGGACAUGUGCCCUGACUACUGUAGAUCCAUCCGCAUGAUCUAUCAACAAAACCAUUUUCCCCAUUGCUCGCCAGAAUGCCCGGGCGAAGUCUGACUCGUUUCAGAAAUAGACUGGAGAAAAGAUCAGUUCAAGUUGUUUGAUCUGUGUCGGGCACAGGCAACAGGCAGUCUCAUGUAAAGCGGCACCUAGUUGCUUCCGCAUAGGGAUCACUUUAAGUACUUGCAUCACCACGUCAUCUGGAAUCGCGUCUUGACGCGACUUACUCUUGAAAGAGAUUUGCAAGUCAACCACUACUCAAUCGCAACAUCAACAAAGAGGUACUGAAUGCAAUUGAUGACCAAACUUGGUUCCAGAACAAGCCAGGCCGUGACACCACUACUUUUUCUUUCCCAUGGCUCGUGUCGUUCGCCAGAAGUCAGGACCUCAGUAGCCAGAGCGCAUUCUCUGCUACGCCCUGCAUACUUGUAUCAACCUCACUAUCGAUCUGCUCGACCGCUGUGUACCAUUGUUGGUCUUGCAAAGUGCGCCAAAAUGCCACAAUCAAGGCAGUCUACUCUUGGCAAAUUUCUCGGAAAUAAGCAAAAUGGCACCAAAGCCAAAUCCCAAUCUACACUCUCCUUCGGUCAAAACCCUGCAGCGAAGAAGGACGACGCUGCUCCUGAAGUCCAUGAUGCGGACUUGCAGAAUGGGAAAGAUGCCACCCCUGACACGGAUAUGAAAGAUGCAAAUGAAGGCUCUACAGUGGCAGACGAAGUGAGCGAUGACGCAACGAGCAAGAAGCAUAAACGACGAACGAGCCCAAUUCAAGAAGAGGAGGAUGACUCUGACGACCAGCCUGUUGUAAAGAAGAGAAGGAGGACGUCCAAUCCCAAACCUGGUUCAAUACAUGGAUCCAAGAACUCUAUACCCAAGUUGAAUGGCAUUAAAGCACGCAAAGAAGCAGAGGCUCUACCAGAGGAAGAGAGCUUGAAAACCAGCAAACCCACACACGAUGACUCCGCACUCUCAGAUGAUGAGAAGUCUCCAUCCGAGCCUGAAGAGGUCUCCUCGUCCAGCGAGAGCGAAGAGCCCAAAGUCGAUAAAAAGCAGGUGGAAAAGCUACUGUCGACCAUCAAAUCAUCUGGCAAGGAUCCAUACCCAGAUUGGAAGGCCGGUGACCCCGUCCCGUAUGCCGCGCUGUGCACAACAUUCUCCUUGGUAGAAUUGACGACAAAGCGUCUCCAGAUCACGGCCUAUUGCUCGGCGUUUCUUCAACAGGUUCUACGGUUGACACCAGAAGACCUUCUUCCUACCAUCCAACUCAUGCUGAAUAAGCUUGCAGCUGAUUACGCUGGUAUUGAACUUGGCAUUGGCGAGUCGCUCAUCAUGAAGGCUAUUGGAGAAAGUUCUGGUCGAUCGCUUUCCGUGAUCAAAGCAGAUCACCAGAAGAUUGGCGAUCUAGGCCUGGUGGCGGCGAAAAGCAAGUCCAAGCAGGGUCAAAUGUUCAAGCCGAAAGCCCUUACAGUUCGAGGUGUCCAUCAAGGUCUACUCGACAUAGCGAAAAUGGAGGGACAUGGCUCGCAAGAUCAGAAGGUCCGCGCCAUCAACAAGCUGAUGGCUUCAGCCGACGUAUCUUCUGCGAGCAAACAGGUCGACAUUACAAAGGACAAAGGUGGUCCCUCAGAAGCCAAGUUCCUCGUCCGAUUCUUGGAAGGCAAAUUACGAUUAGGCCUCGCAGAGAGAACCGUCAUCAUCGCACUGGCGCAAGCUGUGGUUACUCAUGAGGUUGCGAAGAAGGGCAAAGUCCCCAGCACCGAUCAAUUGGCGAAAGGCGAAGCCCAGCUGAAGACUGUAUACAGUGAACUACCAUCCUACGAAGUCAUCGUUCCGGCCAUGCUGGAGCACGGCAUCUUCAACCUACACGAAAGUUGCAAAUUGCAACCUGGAGUACCACUGAAACCCAUGCUUGCCAAGCCAACCAAAUCAAUCACUGAAGUGCUGGACCGAUUCGAAGGCAAGAAUUUUACCUGCGAAUACAAGUAUGAUGGUGAAAGAGCACAAAUUCAUUAUGUCGCGCCUGAGGCAAUGGCAGACUUCCCAGCUGCAAAAAACACGCUCACCAAGGAUGCGAAAAGUUUCAAAGGCUUAGCAGCCAUUUUCUCCAGAAACUCCGAGGACUUGUCCAAGAAAUAUCCCGACAUUCUCGAGAAGCUGAACACGUGGAUCAAGCCAUCGACGAAGAGUUUUGUCCUGGACUGCGAGACGGUGGCAUGGGACCCUCAAAACAAGAAAGUCCUUCCAUUCCAACAGCUCAUGACUCGCAAACGCAAGGACGUGAAAACAUCAGAAGUCACAGUCAAGGUUUGCGUGUUUGCAUUCGACAUGCUGUUCUAUAAUGGCGAACCACUGGUAAAGAAGACGCUCCGGGAGCGACGUGAGCUGCUCCAUGAAGCAUUCGAGCCGACUGAAGGGGAGUUCGCUUUUGCCCAACAUGGGGACGCUAUGGAUAUCGAAGAAAUCCAACAUCUCCUGGACGACUCCGUCAAAGCGUCUUGUGAAGGCUUGAUGGUCAAGAUGCUGGACACAGAAGAAUCAGGCUACGAACCCAGUAAGCGAUCGCGCAACUGGCUCAAGGUCAAGAAAGACUACCUCAGCGGCAUUGGUGACUCCUUGGACCUUGUCGUGCUUGGAGCGUAUCACGGCAAAGGCAAACGAACAUCCUGGUUCGGUGCAUUCCUUCUUGCCGCGUACAAUCCCGAGACUCAGAUGUUCGAAACAGUUUGCAACAUUGGCACAGGGUUCUCCGAGGCUGUCCUGGAGGAGUUUCACAAAGAUUUGUCCGAGAUUGUCAUCGAGCGAGGCAAACCAUUCUAUUCCCACUCGACCGUGAAGAACGACCAGCCAGACGUCUGGUUUGAGCCACGAUACGUAUGGGAAGUCAAAACCGCCGAUCUCACCCUGAGCCCACGAUAUCGUGCGGCAAUAGAUGAGAUGGGUGGGAAGAACGGCAUCAGUUUGAGGUUUCCACGCUUCAUCCAGAAGAGGGAAGACAAGAAGCCUGAGGAUGCAACCACAACCAAAGCCAUCGCCGAGAUGUACCGGAAGCAGGAAGUGGUCGCGAAAGAUGGUCACGGCAAAGGCGGUGUGGAUGACGAUUUCGAGUAUUGAGACAGCGCAAUGGUGGAAUCAGAUGCUCGGAGAGUUCUUGCUUGCAGGCAACAGUCGAGGUGAGGAAGGAAGGAACGAGUGCUGUUGCAUCGUAAUUUAUCAUAUUGCAUCACUAUACCGUGUGCACAGAUAGCAUUCUGUUGGUCCAUGAAGAUAGCUUCCAGAAAAUCACGACAUAUGUACAUUCAA